CGGCUCUCCAGUUAGUAACAUGUCGGAGACGCAACCGCUGCUGGCCACCGAGCGGCCACCGGUCAAGAAGGCUUGGUAUCGUCCCAGGCCGCUAUGGCUGGUCCCAUUUGCGCUGCUCAGCGCCGUGGUGCGCGGGAUGACGCUCGCGCCCAGAGUGCAGGUCUACACCCAGCUCGCCUGCGACGCCGUCUACGAACGGUAUAACCACACCAACGCUUCUCACCAAGCGUCUUCUGCGUUUUCUACCUUAGACGUCCUUUCUGCCGCUCUCGACCAGCACUCGCUCUCUCCCGACUCCUUAUCACGCAUCAUAUUCAACCCACGCGCUCCUUCCCCACAACCUUUACCAUGGUCUGGACCAACGUCCGGACAUGAGCCCGCAACACACAACCACAGACCGUCGUCGCCCGGGAUCCACGUCGAGCCCGAGCCGAUCGCGAAAAAACCGCGCUCAUCGAAUCCUUGUCUCCGAGAUCCCGCAGUUCAGUCUGGUGCCGCGCGCAUACAAGCGGUCAUGAUGACCACCAUGGGCACCAUGUCCGCCAUCACCACCGCCUGGUGGGGACACUUUGGCGAGCGCAAGGGCCGUACCCGCGUCCUCGCCAUGGGCUGCCUCGGCAUGUUUGUCACCGACUCCAUCUUCGUCCUGGUCUCGCACCCCCAUUCCGCGCUCUCUCGCCCCGAGUAUGGCCAGGUUCUCCUUGUCAUCGCGCCCUUCAUAGAGGGUCUCCUCGGCGGCUGGUCCUCCAUGCAAGCCACGACCUCGGCCUACGUUGCUGACUGCACGUCGGAUGGCUCUCGGGCUCACAUCUUCUCCCGAUUCAUCGGGAUCAUGUUCCUCGGCGUCUCUUUCGGCCCUGCUCUCGGAGGUUUUUUCAUCAGGAACCCGAUCCCCCUGCCGUACUUCCAGGACCACACGUUGCCUAUCUCUGGAACGAAGACGGUCACUUCUGUGUUCGUCAUCGCUGCGACUAUCUCCUUUGUCAACUUCCUCUUCACCGCGUUCGUCGUCCCGGAGUCGCGCAAUAAGCAUAAUGCCAAGGCAACGCCUGCCAUAGUCGUGGAACAGGCGGCGGACGAGGAACAAGCACUGCUGGAGGAAGAGCGCAGGAUCAUCGAGGACGACGAAGAGGCCGAGAUCGGCGGAACCGACGUAGUUGGUACCGAGGUCUUCUUCUCCCCAACGAGGAGCAUGAGCCGUGUGCACACGCCUGUCGCUGUCCCGGCUGCUUCGGCUGCUACAUCUCAGCAGCCACUCCCUGAUCGCGCGGUCGCCGAACUAGAGAAACAGGGCCACAUCGCCCGCAUCCUGCUCUCCUUCGCUUUCUUCCUCCCGCGACGCGUUGCGGAUCCGAGAAAGAUGGGCGUUACCAAGAUGGACUACAGCAUGACUUGGCUGGGCGCUGCAUUGUUCGGGUACUUGUUGAGCACGGGUUUAUUCCAGAUCAAGUACCUCUAUGCAGAACAUGCAUUCGAGUGGGGUGCCGAACAGCUAUCGAUCUACAUCACCAUCGCCGCCGGUGUGCGGAUGGUGUAUACGCUGCUCGUCAUGCCCUUCUUCAUCUCGACGUUCAAGCCGAAGCCGGCGAAGAUCACCUCUGAAUCCCUCGCGAAGGAGAUGGCGUUCGAUCUCGCGCUCGUUCGCGUCUCCCUCGUAAUCGACAUUCUCUCCAACGCGCUCGUUGCGCUUGUGCCGUCGACUCCCGCACUGUUUACCUUCCUCUCCGUCCUCAGCGGAUUCGGCAGCGGCGUCGUCCCGGCGCUGCAGAGCCUCGCGCUGUGCAUCGUGCAAAGGAGCGAAACGUUUGCCGCUGCGGACAGCAAAACGGUCUCCCCUGGCGCCGGCAAGGGCCAGCUCUUCGGAGCGAUGGCCUCCGUUCAGGCCAUCGGUCAGCAGAUUAUCGGGCCCAUCGUCUUCGGCGUCCUGUAUGCCAACACGGUUGGGACGUACCCUAAGGCGAUUUUCGUCGCGGCCGCUGGCAUCCUCUUCGUCGCCCUUGUCCUCGUUUGCUUCCUCCGUCCGCCGUACCAGCCCGCGUCAUCGCGACCUAAAAUCUCUCCGCAAGCCCAACAGACUACCCCAUCGCAGUCGAAAGGGAAGAAGAGGCGCGUCAGGGAUGCUGCCGAGAUUGAUCGUGGACGUUCAAGGGCGACGAAGGAUCUGCGGCCGGACAGUGGCUCGGAAGGGUUCUACGGCAGCCUCGGGAGCUCGGUAGGAGCGAGCACGAGCUUCAGCGGCACGCCCGCAUCUGCAUCUGCGUCUGCGUCUGGGCCGUUGGCCUCUGGCUCGGGCUCUGGCUCGCGGCCGAGUGGUGCGUAAGCCGUAUAGGAUAUAGAUAGAACGGGGAUAGGCUCCAAUUCGCAUCCUUAUUGAUCCUAGAUUAGAAGUGUACUAUUAUUCGCGUGCGGCAACAUGGUUAAUUUACU